AUGCCUUCGUUUCCCACCACGCCCUUGGUUCGCCCAAGAGAAGAUGGCAUGCAAAUAAGGCUCCCCCAUCGUGUUCACGCAGCCAAGUCCUACCCUAUCCGAGCACCAAACGGCUCUUCGAUCAUCAUAUACGGCUACGAGAAUGGAGUGAAAGUUAUCUGGAGAGGCGGCAAGCAAUUCUCAGCUUUGAAGGAGUCGGCACCCCAGGAAAAGAGCAAGAGCUCUGGGAAGGACAAAGACGACGAUGCCGUGAUGAUCAUUGACUCCGACGAAGAGGACGCGCCAGAGCCGCCAGCAGCGCAAGAAGAAGUCCGCUACGACUUUAGCAUGGAGGAGACCGAGGUCGAUCCUGCUUCUCCGUUUGAGGAGAUUCUGCGACAGAUCGAUAUUCCCUUGGGGAGCCGGGUCCUCGACCUCGCGGUGCCUCGUGUGCUCCCCGAGGGGGCGCGCUCUCCUCUUGACCCAUUCCCGCCUGUUUUGAAAAACAAAAUUGUCGUAUCGGCAGUCUGCUCUGACUUCUCGACUCGAGUCAUCACCGUGCCGCUCGUUCCUCCUCACCCUACGCAAACAGACCCAAAAAGCUGGCGCAUCCAAACCUUGACAAUCAGUGGCGGUGUUACCCACCAGGAUAUCCCGCGCGGCGUCUCUCUCACAUUUACCUGUCAAGAAGCAGAAGAAGAUGCAGAUCGGCGAAAGUCGCGGAGCCGGGCUGGUAGCUCUGGGCGAUGGGAUCUGCUCGUGGCGACGCACUCUGCCGAAGGAUCGGGCAUGUUACUGCUGCACCGAAUUCCAAUUCUGGAGGAUCGUUUGUCGGAGGAGGACAUCACCUCUCAACGGCGGCUCUUGCCAGCCCCAGCUCAGACGAUUGCCUUCAAUCCAUCUUCAUACCCAUCAGUUCGUCACUCCACAUUGCUAGUGGCUUUCCACAGUGGGUUUGUCAAGAUUUAUUCGUGUUUCACGGUGAAAAAAGUUACCAAGUCUGCUCGGCGGUCUUCUAUGCCGCAAGAGGAUUACGAAGCUGCCGACACCGAAGGCCGGUGGCUGAUCAGUUUGUACCCCGGCUUUGAGUCAGGCCCGACUGUGCUGCCUCGACGCAAGACGAUCAUCGAUGCUGACUGGGUGCUGGGAGGGCGGGCGAUUAUGGUUCUUUUGGCGGACGGCGAGUGGGGGGUGUGGGAUAUUGAAGGAGCCGGCCCUGGAAACACCAAGGGGCCCUUGCACCGGCAGUCGAGCGUGCAGGGAGUGACUGGCGGUUCAUUGACCGCAUACGCUGUCAGCGGACGAAUCCUCACCCCACCAACUAACAGUCAGUCCGAAGCAGAGCAGCGGCCGCGGUUUGCGCCUAUGACCCCUUCCACGAAGCGGGUUCGGGAAGAUACGCUGCUGAAGGGAUCGAUGAACCCGGCCAGCCCAUCACUGUGCGGGGAGAUCUCCGUGUUUCAGACCAAUUCGUCGCAGGAAGCGCUUCCUGACGAGUCGAUCCUGCUCCGACACGGCCGACAGAGCGCAGCCAUUCCUAGUCUUCUCUCCCUCUGGCGCAACGCGGUCCGAGCCACGGGCACAUUUGACGCCUCGAACCGCUGCCGCGUGACUCCAUUCCAGGACGUGCACCUGAUGGGUGAGAAUUUCCAGGCAAUCGGUCAUUCACUUGCUCCUGUGCGGCAGUCGCGCGCGGCAGACCGCCAGCCUUUUGACGUGCUCGUAGCCGCAGAGCACCAGAUCAUGAUCCUCGCUCCGCGAUUGAUCGAAUCCGACGGGAAAGUGGUCGCGAAAGCAGUGGAAAAGGAAGCAACCGCCGAGACAGACCAGUUCAUGCUCCAACGUGGCGAGCUGGAUGUGGAGGGAAUGGGACGACUUCUGAACGGCAUGGCCAAUGGCACGGGUUCUGUGCGCGUUGGCAGCCCCAUUAAACGGGCUCGCGUGUUCACUUGA